AGCACUUGGCUGGAGACUUCUUGAACUUGCAGGGAGAAUAACUUGUGCUCCCCACUCGGUGCCGGUGCCUUGGCCCCGGUGGACCUAGCCGUACCGCCUCCGAACCCCGUCGGCCCUCCACUCUUCUGGGCCCGACCCCGAGACGCCGUUCCCUGCCCGAGGAGAGGAACUGCCCGGCCGGCACCCGGGAGGAGAAGGAGGAGGCAAAGGAAGGGAACUCGCUCCCUGCGCCAGGUCCUUCGGCCAGAGCUUUUUCCAUGUGGAGGCUCUUUCAAUGGACGUGUCCCCGCGUGCUUCUUAGACGGUCUGCGGUCUCCUAAAGGUCGACCAUGGUGGCCGGGACCCGCUGUCUUCUAGCGUUGCUGCUUCCCCAGGUCCUCCUGGGCGGCGCGGCCAGCCUCAUUCCCGAGCUGGGCCGGAGGAAGUUCGCGGCGUCCACUGGCCGCUCCUCGUCCCAGCCCUCGGACGACGUCCUGAGCGAGUUCGAGUUGCGGCUGCUCAGCAUGUUCGGCCUGAAGCAGAGACCCACCCCCAGCAGGGACGCCGUGGUGCCCCCCUACAUGCUGGACCUGUACCGCCGGCACUCGGGCCAGCCGGGCGCGCCCGCCCCGGACCACCGGCUGGAGAGGGCAGCUAGCCUCGCCAACACCGUGCGCAGCUUCCACCACGAAGAAUCUUUGGAAGAACUUCCUGAAAUGAGUGGAAAAACAACCCGGCGAUUCUUCUUCAACUUAACUUCCAUUCCCACCGAGGAGUUUAUCACCUCAGCCGAACUUCAGGUUUUUCGGGAACAGAUGCAGGAAGCUUUGGAAAACAACAGCAGUUUCCAUCACCGAAUAAAUAUUUAUGAAAUUAUAAAACCUGCAGCAGGCAACUCGAAGUUCCCGGUGACCAGACUUUUGGACACCAGGUUGGUUAAUCAGAAUGCCAGCAGGUGGGAGAGUUUCGACGUCACCCCUGCCGUGAUGAGGUGGACCGCGCAGGGACUCGCCAACCACGGAUUUGUGGUGGAAGUGGCCCACUUAGAGGAGAAGCCGGGUGUCUCCAAGAGACACGUUAGGAUUAGCAGGUCUUUGCACCAAGACGAGCACAGCUGGUCCCAAAUAAGACCUUUGUUAGUAACUUUUGGCCAUGAUGGGAAAGGACAUCCUCUGCACAAAAGAGAAAAGCGUCAAGCGAAACACAAACAGCGCAAACGCCUCAAGUCCAGCUGUAAGCGACACCCUUUGUAUGUGGACUUUAGCGACGUGGGGUGGAAUGACUGGAUCGUAGCCCCCCCAGGGUAUCAUGCCUUUUACUGCCAUGGGGAGUGCCCCUUUCCCCUGGCCGAUCACCUGAACUCCACUAAUCACGCCAUUGUUCAGACGUUGGUCAACUCGGUUAACUCUAAGAUUCCUAAGGCGUGCUGUGUCCCCACGGAACUGAGUGCCAUCUCCAUGCUCUACCUUGACGAAAACGAAAAGGUCGUAUUAAAGAACUAUCAGGACAUGGUUGUGGAGGGUUGCGGGUGUCGUUAGCACAGCAAAAUAAAAUAAAUAUAUAUAUAUAUAUAUAUAUUUUAGGAAAAAAGAAAAAAAACCCAAGUUGACACUUUAAUAUUUCCCAAUGAAGACUUUAUUUAUGGAAUGGAAUGGAGAGAAAAAAAAAAAAAAAACCACACAGCUAUUUUGAAAAAUAUAUUUAUAUCUACGAAAAGAAGUUGGGAAAACAAAUAUUUUAAUCAGAGAAUUAUUCCUUAAAGAUUUUAAAAUGUAUUUAGUUGUACAUUUUAUAUGGGUUCAACCCCAGCACAUGAAGUAUAAUGGUCAGAUUUAUUUUGUAUUUAUUUACUAUUAUAACCACUUUUUAGGAAAAAUAGCUAAUUUGUAUUUAUAUGUAAUCAAAAGAAGUAUUGGGUUUGUACAUAAUUUUCCAAAAACUGUAGUUGUUUUCAGUUGUGUGUAUUUAAGAUGAAAAGUCUACAUGGAAGGUUACUCUGGCAAAGUGCUUAGCACAUUUGCUUUUUUGCAGUGCUACUGUUAAGGUCACAAGUUCAAGUCCAGAAAAAAAAAGUGGAUAAUCUACUCUGCUGACUUUCAAGAUUAUUAUAUUAUUCAAUUCUCAGGAAUGUUGCAGAGUGGUUGUCCAGUCCAUGAGAACUUAAUGUCCUUAUUAGGUGGAAUAUUUGGAUAAGAACCAGACAAUGCUGAUCUAAUAUAGAAACCCUCCCCCCCACCCCUUAAUUUGCAGAAAGAGUAAAGCAGGACCAAUAGGAAUAAUUAGGAAAAUGAUAAACCUGCAGGAAAGUGAAUGAUGGUUUGUUGUUCUUCUUUCCUAAACUAGCGGUCCCUUCAAAGGGGCUGGCCUGGCCAAAGGAUUAAAUAAAACAUAAGAUUUCUUCAUUAUUGAUAUUGUGGUCAUGUAUAAUUAAAAUUCAUAUCCAGUGGCCCUCAUGAAGACUUGGAAAUUGAUUUGCAUUUAACUUUUACCUCAUCUGGGAGCUCUUUAUGCUCAGAAGGACCCAGUUCUCUAACUUCUCCCAACACACAGCAAAACUGCACUCAUCAUGUUUUCUGCCUACCCCAUUCUCUGUUCGAUCAGCUUGCUUUUCUUUCCAAGGUUAUGUGUUCGAACACAUUUCUCCAAAUGUUAAACUUAUUUCAGAUAAUAAAUUUCAAAGCUCUGGCAUUUCAUUUUAUAAAGUCCAACCUGUAAGAAGAGAAAAUGAUGUGUUUGUACAGCAUUCACAGUGAUUACCUCGGGUUUCCAUUUUUUGCUUCUGAAGUUACCCCUUUUGGAGGGAGGUGGGGAAAAGGCAAGGAAUGGUAGGAAAUUUGCAAGCAAGUCACUUGAUAAUUCGUAUUUGCACUAAAGGAAUUACCAGUGAUUUAGUAUUUCACAUGAACCUCUUUGGGGCAGAAAGAUUUAAGAGAAAAACCAAAGCUACAAAACAGGCAAAACCUGGGGAAUCCAAGAUAAAGUUUCAGAGAUGAUAUCCCAUGCAACAGAGGCAACGGUGCCAAUAAAUUAGAAAGGGAAAGUGUCUGAGAUCAGCUUCUACAAGGACAUCUGCCAAUUGGACUGAAGCCCAAGCAGAAUGAAGUCAAAUUAGGCUGCUCAGAAUGAACACUUAACAGUGGCAGGGCUUCUGUGCUCCCGGGCUGAAAUCAGACCCGAGGAAGGGUUCUGUGGGUGGGUAUGUCAGUACAGCCAGCGAACCCACAACCCCCCAUUAUUUUACUGGAAGUAUUUUAGGUCAGUUUCUAGGAAUUUGUGUCACCUCGGAUCCUGCUAAGAUUGGUGAGGCCUAAUUCUAAUAUCCUUUCCUAGUUCUAAUAUCCUUGCCUUGGAGUUGGCUGAAAAAAAAAAAAAAAAAAAGUAGUGUGUUAGCAAUGGAAUAGACUCUUAACAACCAGAUUCUUCCCAGAAAUGAACUUGCAAUGACCGUGAACGUAGUUACAUUUUGGGUGUGAUAGGUUUAAUCCUUGCCUCGCUCGAGAUUAUAUAGAUCAUAUUUUUAAGUUAAUAACGAGCUGUCUUUUAUUCCUUUUGUUACAAUCUUUUAGUUUCUUUUUAUCUGUAUCCCCAUUGCUCUUGUGUAGGUGAGGAUCAUGAGGAUUAGAUCCAACUUGACAGGAAAGGGUAGGCUCUGUCCUCCAGCCAUUCUCCACCCUUUCUUGCCAUGGGAAUGAGGGGCAGACUGCACCGUCUUAACAGCUUAAAUACUCUAGAGAGAGAGAGUAUAGCACAAGAAUUUACAUCUAUUUGGCAGUAGCAGCCACUCUUGAUUUCUGUUUCAUUGGGUCUGAUUUACUUGGUUGAAAUGUUUUUCAUUGGUAUCAACUCAAAUGUUUCCUCUUGCAUGUUAUAUAUAUGUGUAUAUAUAUGUAUAUAUAUAUGUAUAUAUGUGUAAAUAUAUACACACAUACGGUAUAUAAUAUGUAUAAAUAUACAUAUGCAGAAUUAUGUAAUAGAUAUUUCAUAUGUAUAGAUGAUGGCAUUUUCAGUUUAGUUACAGAGAUUUUGUAAUAGUUGAGGACUCUGUCCCUCUUGGCAGCUCAUUUGAGAAACAGAAUAUUCUUACAUUUUAUGUUGUUACACACAUUUUGGCUUAAGUUCCUCAUUCUGAGAAAAAAAAGUGUGUCACAACUAAGCCCAUGGCAUUGACUCUUGAAUCUUCAGUCACUGUUCUGUAGGAACCUUGGAAUCCUUUUAGAGUUGGUGCUUUAAGAAGUGUAGUAGUUUCUGAAUGUGGGGGAUCACCUUUCAAAGUAUAUUAAAUUGUGUCAUCUGUU